AUUCACACUAAACAUUUAAAGUUUAACAUAUUCGACUACCUUUUUUGCAAAAUGGUUUUGGAAGUGAGGAAUACUAGUGACCAAACUGCAGUUCAGUCAAUAAACAAAUAUGAAGAAUCAGUGGAUUUUCAAAAUAACUGUAGAUCGUAUUAUCUAAACAGAGUAGAAGCAAGUGAAAGUUUCAAGAGGAAAUUAGAACAGAACAGGGAAAAACCGAAAAAGACAUCUAUGUCAGCAGCUAUGGAUAGAUUACGACAAGAAAUGACUUCACUUGUCGACCAAGAUCUCUCCUUAAUGAAACAGCUUCUGACGCUUAAUGAAACAAUCGAGGAGCUGAAAAACAAGAGGCUGUAUGGCGUAAGCAAAGAUUCUUUAGAUGACAGUGCAGACUAUCUGAAUGGCAGCACGAGUCAGCUGAGUAAAAGUAUGUCAACCAUGUCACUGAGCAGUCAAACCUCUAGUGAAUGUAGCAGUUCUAUUAUGUCUGAAGACGACACAGACAUAAAAGAGUAUAAUGCAUGAAGAGGCUUAUGUCUUCAGGACUCAGACGAUUCAUGCUAUGAAUGCCUAAACAUUGCUGGCUUAAAUCAACCACUCAACAAACAAGUUGGAUGAGUAGCAAGGACAAAACGCAAGGCGUUGACAGAACCAUGUGAAAUGAGAUGCAACACACAUUCUGGUUCGAUGUUUUAUUUACAUUGCUAAACGUUAAUGUUGCAAUACAAGAAUUGAUGCACAAAUAAAUCAUACCGGAUGUAGGAAGAACAUAUUAGACUAUGGACUCGGUGAUGAAUAACAACUGACAAAAUGGCAACCGUUUUCUAUAUGCAGUCCUAGAUUAUAUUGCUGUUUUCAUUGACAUUUCAAAAUGUUACAAGACAAACAAUUAUUGAUAUAGUUCAAAUAAAGUUGCAUUACUAUCA